CAAUAAACUCCUUUUGACAUCUGAUGUUUCUCACAUCACUCGAAAGAGUAAAACAAGACGUAAACAUUGAUUGCCAGCACGGAACAAAAGAUGGACUACGAAAACGAAAAGGUUUUGAAACUAGUGUUUCCUGAUCAGUAUGAAGAACUACUGAACAGUGAAAAUUCCAACGAUAUAUCUGAUUAUUUGUUCAAACUAGGAUCGUUCAAAAUAGAUCAGCUCAAGAAGGAGAAAAUACGGUUGUAUGAUGAAACUAUGCAAAACGUAGAACAAACCCAGGAUCUGGCGGUGAACAAUUACAAAAAAAUCAUCGAGACGGCUGAGUGCUCUCGGGAAAUCUAUCGGAAAUUUGUUGACACGGAAAAGUGUGCCGAAGGCCUCGAAAAGAAACUACCGGACUUCGCGGAUACUUGUCAAAAAUUUUUGGAGUCUUCGAAGAACAUCAAUGCCGCUCGUAGACUCAACUCAUUAACAUUGACUCGCAAUGCAGAACUAUUGGAAAUAUUGGAAAUACCGCAAUUGAUGGAAACAUGUAUUAGAGAAGGAAAAUUUGAUGAAGCGUUAGAACUAGCAGCUUACGUACAGCGAGUUGGUAGUAAACAUGGUCACAUUCCGGUCAUAGCUAACAUUCAAUCAGCUGUGGAAGCUGCGUGGCACACUAUGUUGAUUCAGUUACUUUCACAGCUUCGAUCGGAUUUGCAAUUGCCAAAAUGUCUACAGGUAGUGGGAUAUCUGAGAAGGAUGCAGGCAUUUACAACGAUAGAGCUCAAGCUUAAAUUCCUUCAAAUUAGAACCAGUUGGUUUAGAAAUUUACUAGUCAAAAUUCCACAAGAUGAUGCUCAUAUGCAUCUGACAAAAACAAUAGAAGCAACACGAGUUAAUCUUUUCAAUAUUAUCACCCAAUAUCGGGCAAUAUUUUCGGAGGAUGACGAUACUUCUUCAUCUAGUUUCUCAACUAUCUCUACGGAUCAGUAUUGUGGUGAUGAAAGCAAAAUAUUUCAUAGUUGGCUUCAUGAUCGAAUAGUUGAAUUCAUUGAUACACUCGAGAAAGAUCUUUCUACGAAUGAGAUUAGUUCCUAUGAUACUAUUCUCGGGCAGUGUAUGUAUUUUGGACUUUCUUUCAGCAGAGUCGGAAUCGAUUUUCGAUCUCUAAUCGCGCCCGUCUUCGUUAAAGUCAUUGGUCUGAACUUUCAAACGUCGAUUGUAAAAAUUACGCACCAAUUUGAACAGGAUCUAGAGCGAUAUACGUUAAUCAACAAAGUUCCCUCUAGCAUCAAAAGAACGAAAGCAUUAGACAAUGUGGAGAACAGCAACCAUCCUCCUGAAAGUUUGCUUGACUUCACUCCAUUGGCAACAUACUGCAAUGCAGUUCUGAUGGUCUUCAACGAACUUCGUCUUUGCGCUCCAAUUGCACUGGCAUCGACAGUCUCCGAAGUUCUGGAAAGCUCCCUAAAAAAGCUGUGCAAGAAUAUACUUUCAUUUUACCGUCAGGAACAACAGGCCUUUACUGCUCUGGAGCGAGAGUGCUUUAUCCGGUUCUGUUCAUGUUUCGCAUAUGAUUUGCUUCCCUAUUUACAACGGUGUAUUCAUUUGAUAUUUCCUCCACCGACAAUCGCAAAUCAUCUCGGCAUAAACGUGCUUACGCUGCAAAAACACGAAAUAACCUAUUUCAGUCAAAAACUGAUAUUGGAACCAAUCGCAAAUCUGUUGCCCGAUAAGAUUGAUGCCGUUAUUAAGCAGGUUACAGAGGCCAUCAUUGGAUCGCGUGUUCAACCGCCAACAGCUGAUGAGAGUGAUAAUCCGACCGUCGAUAAGAACGACGAAUAGCCAAAUGCUUCUUACUCUAUCUCAGUCUGGCACAUUGAUCAGAAACUUGGAUUGAACUAAUUAGCUAAAGAUAAGAUACGUGUUGUGUGAUGUUAGAAGCCGUCGCCAGCUGGUACCACAAAUUACUAAGCUACUGGAAGUUGAUAAAUUUAUUGUGAUUUAAUAUAAUGGGUCACUUUACACUGAUUAAUAAAAAUACCAGUUUUAUCCGGGCCAACAAACUUGAGAGACCUUACCUCUUUGUUUGUUGUUUCUACUGAA